AAUGUAUUACCUUAAAUAAUAAAAAACAAAAUAAUAGUAUAAUAAUAUAAAUAAAUAAUUAAACAAUGUAUUUAAAAAUAUCACUUACUUUUGGUGGUAUUAUUAUUCUAUUAAGUUUUUUCGUAGCUACUAAUUUAUUAGUAUCUUCCAAUGGAUCAAAUCUAUAUAAAACUAUAAUAGUAAAUUUUAAGGGAAAUGAAAAUCAAUUAAAAAACAUUACAUAUCAAGAAACACAAUUCUAUUUUGAUAGAUAUGUUGUUUAUACAUUUAAAGAUAUAUUUGUAAAUAUCAGCGACCCUGAUCAAGUAAUAUCAUCAUCGCACAAAUACCAUCACGACAACGAACUCUCUAUAAAAUGGGACUCUAUAGGCAACAAAAAAGAUUCUGAAAGAUAUUAUGAUAAUGUAAUCAAUAGUUAUUCAGGAUCAUCACCAUUAAAAAAAUUUUUUACAAUGUUAAAUUUUUUAAAUAAAGUGUGCAUAGUUUUUAGAUUUGUUCCAUUAUUUAUUUUCAUAAAAAGAUGCAAUCAUAUGGUAUAUUUUGAUAUUUUUUUAGAAAGUGAUAAAAAAAAAAGAAAUAUGAUAAAUAUUUUACUUUUUAUAUCAUAUUCUAUUUUAAAUAUUCUAAUGUAUAUAACAUUUUUCCUCAUGAUGGAUAUUCCCAGAGUAUUUAGAGAUCAAAAUAAAUUUUAUCAUGAAACCUCUAAUAUCUAUUAUGAUCAACUAUGUGACGGAUUUAAUAAAGAGAAACAGUAUUACUUUAAAUGUACAAAGUAUGAAGGCUCAAACAAAGUUAUAAAUACUUCAAAAGAUGAUUUAUAUUUACUAAAGUGGUAUCCUGACACAUUCUGGGUAUUUUGUAUAAUUUCAGCUGUUUUGGAUUCUCUCGGGUUAUUAACUGCAAUAUAUUAUUAUUUUACUAAUGAUGUACAUAGCAAUAUUGAUGAUGCUGAUGAAGAAAUGAAACAUAUUAAAAAAUCUGCAAUUAAAGAUAUAAAUAUUCAAAUUAAGGAGGAAUCAUUUGUAGAGAAAUCUUUUGAUGAUGAUUCAUUAUAUCAAUAUGGUUAA